AUGGAUGGCGUAGAACAUGAAAGUGAAGACGGAGAAGAGGAUAGGGGGGAAGACAGGGGGGAAGACGAAAAGGAUGGCGGAGGGGAGGAUAGGGGGGAAGACGGAAAGGAAGAUGCAAGGGAGGAGGGGAAGCUGGAGGCCGAGAUGAAGGGGAGGGUGGGGAGAGCAGCUGGCUUGAAACUUGGCAUUCAAGCUGCAAAACUUUUUACAUCUCAAGGAGGGCUCAUCGAUGAUCCCUGUCUUUUACGCGAUGAUGACAUUCUCUAUGUUUCAUCUGGAGAGGAUUUUAUUCCAGUGUCUGAUUUAAAAUGGCCCUGUGAUGUUGCUGCUGCACCCCGAGGUCCCUGUUGGGUCACUCUCAAUGUUGGAGGAAAGCAUUUCAUGACCACAAGAAACACUUUGAUUGGGAAGGAGCCUCAAUCAAUGCUUGCUAGGAUGUUUUCAGAGGAAAGUCAAAUGCAGCCAAGCCUGACUGAUUCUUUUGGAGCAUUUGUGAUUGACAGAAGCCCCACCUAUUUUGAAGUCCUUCUGAAUUACUUGCGUACAGGGAAGGUCAUCCUGGAUAACAAUGUUAGUCCUGAAGGAGUCUUGGAAGAAGCACGUUAUUUUGGAAUAGAAAAUGUCAUCCCAAAGCUUGAAGCUAUGAUGCAAUUUCAAGUGCCAAGUGAAGGGAUGCCAUUGACAAGAAGGGAUGUAAUACAGGCUCUCAUAACUACAUCUUCUAAGUCUGAACUCAGGUUCCAAGGCGUCAAUCUUGCGGGGGCUGAUCUUUCACGACUGGAUCUCAGAAAUAUUAAUUUCAAGUUUGCUUGUCUUCAUGGCUGCCGGAUGACAGGGGCAAAUAUGAGCUGGUGCUGCCUUGAAAGAGCUGAUUUGAGUCACGCACAAAUGGGUGGAGCACAACUCCUUGGUGUUCGUAUGCUCUGUGCCAAUCUUGAGGGUGCCAAUCUGGUUGGAUGUAACUUUGAAGAUCCUGUUGGCUCUAAGGCUCUACUGGAAGGUGCUAAUUUGAAGUUAGCUAAUUUGGAGGGAAGCAACAUGUGUGGGGUCAAUCUUCGUGUGGCAACACUGAAGAAUGCCAAUGCUCGCAAUUGUGCUUUACGAUCUGCUGUACUUGCUGGUGCUGAUCUUGAGAAUUGUGAUCUUACAGGAAGUGAUCUACAUGAGGCUAAUUUGAGAGGGGCAAAUUUGAAAAAUGCCAGCUUGGAAUUGAUGAUUGAGAAUGUCAUGCUUCCUGCAGAUUCCCAGAGCUUGGAAUCAUUGCUUGAUAUCAGCCUCAGUGGUGAAAGUGGCAAUCAAGUAGACUGGAAACUACCUCGAGGUGAAUUCCACUGUUACGUGUGUGGAAAACUCUCCAGUUGUAGAGGCAGCUUGUACAAGCACCUGAUGUCGGUACACAAGAUACGCGCGGUCACCCGCGCUCCUGUGAGGUGUCUUCAGGACAACUGCAAGUAUUCUUUUACCUAUGUGGGGAAACUUCGGAAUCACUUGAAGGUGAUGCAUAAACUUCCAAUUGAAAUCGAUUCUAUGCAAUUUGAAACCAUGGAAUCUUUCCUGUCAUGGAAGAGGCAUAUGGAGGAAGUGACACGAAGCUCUUAUGUGAAAGUUAACGGACAGAAGAUGUUGAAGGGUGGUCUUCGUACCUACUACUACUGCCAAAGGGCAGGCCAUUUUCGAGGCGAGCCAGAUGGGAGACCAAGAAGACGCAGGGAGUACUCCAAGAGGAUGGGACACUGUAUCUCAAUGUUGACAGCAACAGAAGCUCCAGGUGGUCUUGUGAAUGUAGAUUUUUGCAAGACACACUAUGGGCAUGAUGCAGAAUAUGAGAUUGAUGAAGGUCCACCAACAAUGGUGCCACCUCCUGCUCAAAACAUCCAUGCCACUGUUGCAACCUCAACUGUGAAUAUGUUCAACUCUGGGAUGCUUACAGCCCUGGCUGUGCCUAGCACAUCCUUUGGUACCUUUGACUUUGGUGGCAUCAAAGUGGCAGCCAUGACUGAAAUCAACGAACUCAUGAACAGGGUACGAGCCACAACCAGUGUCGAGGCUUUGAAUGCAGUGCGGAACAGUGUGAGGACAGCCCUCAAUGUUCUGAAUGGCAAUGAUGGGCUAGAUUCCAGAAGUUCUCCAGGUGAAACAGAAGCUGCUGUUGCUGCUCUGGCAGCUCCACCGGGUGUUGCUUCCGGCAGCUACUUCACAGGUCACAAGAUAGAGCCUCCAAUUAAGCGUUCAAAGCACAUGUGA